CCACAUCGUAUAUGGUUUCUAUGCCAAUUACGACGGUUUAGCGCUUAGCAACCAUUGGUGACAUACUCGAAGAACUUUUGGUUAUAUUCACUUUACGGGCGUUCAGCCAAAACUAAGUAAAAAAUUAUGUUAGAGACUUCGCUGCAAACAGCAAAAAAAGACUUGGUGACGUGGGAACACGAAGAUCUUGCACAAGUUAAAAUAAAGGUACUUCGUGGUCAUCUUGACAGCGUAAACUCUUGUCAGUAUUUUGAAAAUGAUACUCGUGUUUUGUCCUCGUCAAAUGAUCAAACAGUUCGUAUCUGGGAUUCUGAAUCAGGCAAACAACUGUGUGUAUUUGAUGGACAUACAUCAUACGUCAGUAAUUGUCAUAUAGACCACUGGAAUAAAACUAUUGUGUCAGGUGGAUGGGACAAACGUAUGCUUGUGCGUGAUAUUACCACUGGACAAAUACUGUGGGAGACAAGCGGAGAAGGAGCGAUUACUAGCUGUAGUUUCUCAAAUGAUGGAAAGUUUAUAGUCAGUGGCGGAGAUAUGGAUUUUUCUGUCUGCAUUUGGAAUGCAAAAGAUGGGAUACUGAUUAAGAAAUUGAAAUAUAAUACCAGCACAAUAACAAGUUGUAAGUUUUCACCAAGACAGCAUCGAAUCACUGUUACAUCUAUGGAUCAAACCACAAGAAUAAUAGAUAUGUCAAUUUUUAAAGAAUACACAGCUACACUGACAUUAAGGGGUCACAGUAAUGUAAUAUCAGAUGCAUCAUUUUCUAAUGAUGAGCGAAUACUGGCAACAGCUUCAUGGGAUAAAAAUAUUCAAUUGUGGGAUGUUUCAUCUGGGAGCUACAGAAAAACUGGACCUGUAGCAUUAAAGAAAAGUCACGAGGGCUCUGUCAGCUCUUGCUGCUUUAGCUCUAAUGAUCAAAUGCUGGUGUCUUCGUCAUUUGACCAAAAACUUGUUGUUUGGGAUGUACCAAGUUCUGUUGAAAAAUUCUCACUUAAGGGUCAUAAUGGUUGGGUCAAUGAUGCAUCAUUCAGCAAAGAUGAGAAAUGGGUUUUAUCGUGUUCACGGGAUAAAACCAUUCGACUUUGGAAUAUUGAAAAUCUCAAUCAUCUACCAGUGAUACUUGAACACAAGAAAAACAUGGGACUUAGAAUAAUUGAGUGUCACAGCUGUGAAAAACAAUUCUCCAUCACUCAAGUGGACAAUGAAGAGAAGAGGAAGCUUUGUGUAUUUUGCAGAUUAGAAAGCAGAACUUUACCAUAAGAAUUUGGGUUUUGAGAUCGAACUAGGAGCAGCAAUUUCUGUCCACAUUUGUGUCCCCCUUCGCCAGCAAAAAUUAAAUUUUCUAUUUUGGUGGAUGGCAGAAAAAAUGUUGGAUUUUUUGGGCACAGGAUUCCCCAACAAUCUUUGACACGUCCUGGUAAAUGAUUAAGAAAAGGGAAGAUUGUAAGCCAGUCUCACAGAUCAGCUCGCACUCACGCAAAAUAGAACACCCAAGUCUGCGGAAAGACGGAAAUCCAAAUAUCCCAUUUUCUCAAAAUCAACGUUGACACUGCCUAUGUAUGAUAUGAAAGAAGGAACAGAUAACUCAGCAUUCAAAAGGAUGGCAAACUAAAAACCUGAAACUAUACAUAUUUUAUCGAAUUUAGAAUUUAAUUUAUGUAGUACCUCUUAAAGUUUUUGCCAGUAAGGAGCCUUGAUAUUUUUCGUUUACCAAUACAUGGCCAGGUAAAACUUGA